AGGAGAGCCCUGCAUUGCGAGUGCUUGACUGUGUGUUAGCUCUGUCUCGUUCCAGCGAUAGGAACCGAUCAUGGCAGACAAGGCUCCUUUCGACACUGAUGUAAUCACUCUUACCAGAUUCGUGCUGGAACAGGGCAGAAAGGCAAAGGGUAGCACUGGAGAGUUCAGUCAGCUACUGUAUUCGCUGUGCACAGCAAUCAAAGCCAUCUCCUCUGCUGUCAGGAAAGCGGGCAUCGCACAGCUAUAUGGCAUUUCUGGGAGCACAAACGUAACAGGUGAUCAGGUGAAGAAGCUUGAUGUUCUGUCUAAUGAUCUUAUGAUCAACAUGUUGAAGUCAUCCCUGACUACCUGUGUUCUUGUCACAGAGGAGAAUGAAGAAGCUAUUAUUGUAGAACCUGAACGACGGGGCAAAUAUGUUGUCUGUUUUGAUCCCCUCGAUGGGUCUUCCAACAUAGACUGUCUUGCAUCCAUUGGAACGAUUUUUGCCAUCUAUAAAAGGUCUUCAGACACUGAGCCUUCAGAAAAGGAUGCCUUGCUGUCUGGUCGUAACAUAGUGGCUGCUGGAUAUGCCCUCUAUGGUAGUGCUACCAUGCUGGUGUUGGCUGACAUUAACGGAGUUAACUGCUUUAUGCUAGAUCCGGCUAUAGGUGAGUUCAUUCUAGUGAACAGAGAUUUGAAGAUUAAAAAGAAAGGGAAUAUCUACAGUCUUAAUGAGGGCUACGCCAAGUACUCAGAUGCAGCGGUGACAGAAUACGUGCAGAAGAAGAAGUUCCCAGAGGAUGGCACCUCCCCAUAUGGUGCAAGGUACGUAGGGUCCAUGGUGGCAGAUGUGCAUCGUACCUUGGUUUAUGGGGGCAUUUUCUUGUACCCAGCCAAUACCAAGAGCCCUAAAGGCAAGCUUAGACUUCUGUAUGAAUGCAACCCUAUGGCAUACAUUAUGGAGCGAGCUGGAGGCAUGGCAACCACAGGAACACAGGCGGUGCUAGACAUUGAACCUACCAAUAUCCACCAGAGGGUGCCUGUAGUUCUGGGCUCUCCAGUUGAUGUCCAGGAAUACAUAGACAUUUUCAAAAAACACUUUGCAAAGUGAAGUAUGUAGCAGAUAACAGGGCUUAGCUUAAACAGGACCAAAGAACAUUCUGCUGUUGGACCAAAGAUUGUAUUUUGGCAAUUUGAAUGGUACAAAUCUGUCUUCAAAGGUCCUAUUGGCAUAAAUGAGUAGAAGAGAGGAACCAGAUAAAGGACCAGCUGUAAUGACUUGCACAUGGUUAAAUUCUUUUAACUGUAAUUUUACUCUUUUUAAGAUAUGGUCUUGAAGGGUCUAAAAUAAACAUAUACUGUAUUUUUGCUGUUCA